UUCGUGUGGUAAAGAAUUUACAUAAAUAAGUUCAGUGCUAGCUUUUUUGUGACAUCAAAUGUAACAUUUUGUGUAUAGUUCAUAGAUUUUAUUGGAAAUGGAGAAAUUACAUGAUUAUCAAGGGAUAACAGGUCGAUUUCAUGAAUGGAGAGGCAACAUUAAACAAUUAUACGAAGACUUUAAAGAAAAAUAUUCAACAAAUUUAGUUGCCACAGUUCAAAGUCAACUUAAAGGAAACGCAAGUGCCAAUAAAGACUUUUCACACGUUUUUAGAACGAAGACAAGAGCAGAAUUAAUUCGAGUCUCUGCUGCGGUUAUGGGUAUCGAGUUUUCUUACGCCGCCGAAACAGCGUUUGUUUCCCCAACACUUUUAAAAAUUGGAGUUGAGCAUCAGCAUAUGACAUUGGUUUGGGCAUUGUCCCCUUUGGUUGGUUUUUUUCUAUGUCCAAUUUUGGGAUCCUUAUCUGAUCGAUGCAAACUGAAUAUGGGACGUCGACGACCAUUUAUUCUUCUAUUGUCCGUAGGAGUCAUUCUCGGACUUCUUUUGGUUCCAAAUGGCGAGACCUUGGGAUAUUGGUUUGGAGAUGGAAGUGCAGAGUCGGAGGAUUCAUUUACAGAAAUAAAUAAUUGGAAAAAUAUUACACAUAUAAAUAAAACGUCACCAAAGCCUUCCCAUUCCUGGGGUAUACUUUUUACAAUAUUGGGAACAGUGCUUCUUGACUUUGACGCUGAUGCUUGUCAAAGUCCAGCUAGAGCAUAUCUUUUGGAUGUAUGCUUACCAGAAGAUCAUGCAAAAGGUCUGUCCACAUUCACUGUUAUGGCAGGCUUAGGAGGAUUUUUUGGUUAUUCAAUGGGAGGCCUAAACUGGGACGAAACGGAAAUCGGACGUCGAUUAGGUGGACACGUGAAGGCCGUUUUUUCUAUUAUAACAGUUAUUUUUGUUACAUGUGUGGCAUUUACAAUUACAAGUUUUGCUGAAAUUCCUCUUUGGGUACUAGCAACCGUGGAUUCUAGUAAUUCUGAAGCCGAAACGUUACCUGUCUUAUUAAAAUCAUACGGUGCUUGUGAAGGAGGCGAUGAACAGGUAACAACUGGAGAACAACCUACAAAUAUAACCUUAAGUGACGGUUUGGUUGACGAAACCCGCUUUAUCGAAAAUCCGGAAAUCAUAAAAGAAUGUUUAAGUUCACAAGAUGAAGAUUUAGUGCACACGAAAAACAAAUUGGAGGUUGAAUCUCUGAGUCACUAUUUACUUUCCAUUGUUUAUAUGCCGCUAUCUUUGAGAAUGAUAUGCGUGACAAAUCUUUUUUGCUGGAUGGCGCAUGUCUGUUACUCGCUAUACUUUACGGAUUUUGUGGGCGAGGCAGUUUUUAAUGGAGACCCCAGGGCUACCACCGGAUCUGACCUCCAACUACGUUAUGAAGAAGGUGUUCGAUUUGGAUGUUGGGGCAUGGCAAUGUACUCUCUAUCAUGCUCCUUUUACUCACUUAUUAUUGAAAAACUAAUUCAACGUUUUAAGGCUAAGUCUGUGUACGUUGGAGGACUAUUAUUUUAUUGCACAGGAAUGGCCUUAAUGGCUUUAACUCGAGCAAAGCUAAGCGUUUUAGUAUUUAGUUGGACAGCGGGUAUUAUGUACUCUACGCUAUUUACUAUGCCCUAUCUUCUGGUUGCACAUUAUCAUAAUGUUUCUACAUUUGAAUUAGAUGAGAACGGAGUUCCAAAACUUGGAUCAGGAUUGCGAGGUCUUGGUACUGAUAUUGCUAUUAUAAGUAGCAUGGUAUUUUUAGCCCAAUUCAUUUUAUCUUUAUGUAUGGGCACAAUUAUAAAAAUAUCGGGAACUACCACAGCUGUUAUAAGUACCGCCAGCUUUUUGAGUUUUUGUGGUGCUCUGUCAGCUACAAAGAUAAUGUAUUUGGAUCUAUAAGCUUAUUUGAAAAUAAAAUAACAAUAAUAGAUUAGAAAUAAAAAAGUUAAUUUAAAUUA